AUGACUCUGGGAAUAUCGAUUAAUUCCGCUCAAGACGAAAAAAACAAAGAAGAACCUAAGACGCUGUCGGUCGAAAAACUUGAAAAAUUAAAAGAAUCUGAAGUUGGUUCAUCGUUUACGACUGAAACAGGCGAUACCAUACCUGAAAAAGCUGGAUACGACAUCGAAAAUGGUGAGUCACCAUGGGGCUCACUAUGGCUCGCAAAUUUUAUUCAGUUUUUGUGUGGUAUUCAAUUUGCUGUCUAUUUCACCUCCAUGUGGCCGUAUCUAAGUGGAUUGGAUCACGAAGUGUCACUUGGCUUUGUUGGCAUAAUUACUGCGUGCUUCUCACUUGGUAUGUCAUUAUCUAGUCCACUAUUUGGUUUCUGGAGUCAAAAAAGUCGCUCAACAAAAGGACCGACCGCAUGUGGACUUAUUCUCACUGCAGUUGGCAAUCUUCUUUAUGCGCUCUUGCCAACUAUUAAAUAUGAAGUCAAAUGGUUUAUGCUUGUUGCAAGAAUUUUUGUCGGAUUUGGUACAGGAAAUAUCAGUGUACUUCGAGCCUAUUGUGCAACUGCAAGCACAGCAAAAGAUAGGAAACGAGCUAUGGCUCUGUGUAUUGCAGCCUUUGUCUUUGGCCAAUCGUUAGGUCCUGCAGUGCAGUCAAUGUUCUCUCCGAUCAAAGAACAAGGUUUUAGCAUUGGGACUAUUCAGUUCAAUAUGUACACAAUACCAGCAUAUUUUAUGAUUCUUCUUUCUAUACUUUCCUUGAUUUUACUAUUUUGCUUUUUUGAAGAACGCUAUGCUGGAAUUAUGACACGUAACGAAGAAAAAGAUCCUUAUUCCGUUUUACCAAAGUUUGACAAAAUUGCUGCGGCGGUUAUGAUUUACAUGUGGUACAUUCAACAGAGCAGUAUUACCAACACAGAAGUAAUUGCAUCACCACUUACAAUUUCUAUGUUUACCUGGAACGAUAGCAAGGCAAUUUUAAACAAUGGCUUAAUUCAGACAGCAAGCUGUAUUCUCAGCGUAGGCAACUAUUUCUUGAUUGCAUACACGCGCAUCGGGUCACUUGGCAAAAGAAAAAUGAUGGUUUGUGCAUUAGCUGGGUUUAUUCUACACUACUUGUUGAAUCUUCCAUGGCCAUUUUAUCCGAAAAGUUUCAAGUAUAUAGAAUUUGCUGCAAAUUCGACUGAAGAAGACACUGCCUACAGCGGCGGUUGUUAUCGAAAGUAUGCGUGGUGCAAUCACACGACAGCCGUGCCGUUGCCACUUUAUACCUUCAGCUAUAUAGUAAUUUAUGGGCUCUCAUUUCCAUACUUUGCUGCACCUACUGGAACUAUAUAUUCGCAAAUUUUAGGGCCACGAAAUCAAGGAUUCAUGCAAGGAGUUUUCGACUUAUUUGGUAGCAUUGCAAGAUGCAUUGGGCCUCUGAUUACAACAAAUCUCUUUGAGCAUUGGGGUUAUCUUUGGCCGAACAUGCUGCAGCUGGUCCAAUUCACUAUCGGAUUCUUCUUAGUUAUUUUUUUCUAUCGACGAAUAAUUCCCCUGCAAACAGUACCCAAAACGGGGACGGCAGCAAAGUAUAAGCACGGGAUAUUCUACCAUCUUUAG